CCGUAGGUUGAGGCGUGUGGAGGGCGAGGCCGCGGCCUGGUGGGUGCAAGAGAACACUAAGAAGGCCAGCGGCGAGCCAAAGUGCCCCUCAGCGGAAGCCUGUCACCGUCAUGGCUCGGGACGUGAAGAGUAAACUGUCCAAGAAUCUGCUGCGCAUGAAGUUCAUGCAAAGGGGUUUGGAUUCAGAAACCAAAAAGCAGCUUGAAGAGGAGGAAAAGAAAAUAAUCAGCAAGGAACAUUGGUUCCUGGAUCUGCCGGAGCUAAAGGAAAAGGAGAGCUUUAUUAUAGAAGAAAGAAGCUUUGUGCCAUGUGAAGACCUCCUGUAUGGCAGAAUGUCAUUUAAAGGUUUCAACCCUGAAGUCGAGGUAUUGUCAAGGGCACUCCUUUAUCCUUUCCGUGUCUGCUGUAGCAUCAUGGUUGAAAGAAAGUUAAUGAUCCAGAUGAACUCGAAGUACAAGACAGAAGAAAUCGAAGAGGAAGAUAAUGCAAUGGAGGCUGAUGUAUCGGAUGAAGAAAUGGCCAGAAGGUACGAAACUUUAGUGGGAACUAUUGGGAAGAAAUUCUUAAAGAAGAGGAACCGGCACAUGGUGGAAGACACAGAAGAGGAUGAAAACAGCAACACGAGGCCUACCAAAGCAAAGAAAACGUUUUUGAAACCUCAAGAUUAAAUCACUUGGAUGCUUUCUGUGCCCUUU